AUGGCAGCAGAUGCAUCCGAAGCGCCGCCCACCGCUUGUUUCAAUCCGUGGGGCGCCGCGCUCCCGGGAUCCGUGCAAUUUAUAGUGUUUGACUUCGUCGUCCCCGGGCGGCGCACGUACGAUGGGAGGGGCCGGCGCGUCCUCCGCGACACGAUGAAUGAUACUUCGGAGACGCUGUGCGACGACCGCGUCGAGUCGAGCCCGCUCUGGGACCUCAAGCUGCACGCUACCGGAAGGGCCUGGCGCGCCGCGCGCGCGACGGGCAAGGCCUUCUACGAGGACUUUGCUUCUGUUGCGGUGGCGCGCGCUGCGGCGAAUUUACAGAUGGGCGACUACGUCGCGGCGAUUAGUGGAUUGGCGUCGCUCGCGGGCGCGCUGCCGCCGCGCGGGCUCGGGUCGCCUCCGUCGCGUGAGACCGGGACCGGCCCCUCGGAUCAACUCCCGCCGCCGUUCUACCUCGCGCUCGCUUCUGAUGAAACGUGCUCGGAGCUGCUCGCGACGGCGGCGGGGGCACGCCUCGCCGUGCGCGGCCGCGACCCGAGGGUGCGCUUGCCCGCGGCCCGGGCGCUCGACGAGGCCCGCGCCGCUUUACAAAAGGCGGCGUCCGGCUCCGCUUAUCGAUAUUUCGGCCUCGCGCUGGCGACGUUCGGACGCCACACCGAGGCCGCGGCGGCUCUGGAAAAAGCGCUCGCCGAUCCGAUGAUUGCGGCGAGCUCUAGCGCGGAGGCGCUCGCCGCCGACGCGGCGGCGCAGCGCGCCCUGGCGGCGGCGGCCGGCACGCGGCAGGUCACGCUCGUGCCCUCGGGCCCCUGGGUUGAAAGUGUUUUUGGCGCGUCGCGCGUCGUCUCUAUUAAUGGCGACGCGCCGCUCGGGGACUUGUUGGGUGGCGUCGACGAGGCGGCGCGCCUGCGGCUCAUCGACUCGGAAGGGCGGGCGCUGAACCGCGAGUGGACGCCAACAGCGGCCGGCGUCGAAGACGGCGUAACGUUACUCGUCGCGGAAAACGACCGACGCAACCUCCGCCAGCGGCGACCGGACACGUACCAGACGCCAGCCGAAGCCGCGCAGCGCCGCGGAUCCGUCCUCGACGCGAUCAGGAGGCGGGUGACGCCGACGGCACCCCUCGACCCGGCCUACGUCAUCGACGCGAGGGACGAGGCAACUUUGUACCAGAACGCCCGCGCCGGCCGCGCAGCGGCGCGAGCUAUCCGCGGCAACCGGGCCGCUUGGGACACAUACACCCGGCGGCGCGCGGCGCCCGCCGACGGCCCGGGAGGUAUCCCGGUGACGGACGCAGUGCCCGGCAACCAGGCCGCGGACGACGCUUCGUGAGCUAAGACCAACGAC